UUUUGUUUUUAAAAAUUAUUCUUUAUUUUAUUUUGGUUUUAAAAAUUGUUUUUCAAGAAUAACGAUUAAAUAGUAUUAGAAAAUUUUUAAAACAGUUUUUUGUUUUUAAAAAUAGAAAGCCAUUUUUAAAUCAUAGGUCAAAAAUUUUUGGUAUUUUCAUUUUUGUUUACCUUAAAGUUCACAUUAAAUUUUUGGUCGGUGAAGAUGAAAUUGAACCCAAUAAGUUGCGUUUCAUUUUUUAUUUUUUCCUUAAAGUUAAUUAUUAAUUUUUAUUUAAAAUAUUUUUAUUGUCUAAUAUUUUAAGUUGAAUUAUUAUAUUUUUAGAUUAUAUUAUAUCAUCAAUUAAUAUGAAAAUGAGUUUUUUUAUUGGUUUUAUUCAAUAAUUAAAUUUGUUUCAAUUCAAGAAGCUCUCUCCAAAGUCAAGUGAUUGGCAAAUGUUCGAAAGCUGAAAUGGGUUUCAAUCUAAUCAAAAUCAAUCAAUUUUAUAAACUAAAAUGAAUUAAUUUGACUUAAUUUUAUAAAAGUCGUUAAGAAUUUAUGUAAAUUUACACCCGGCCAUCUUAAAAAUCACAUGUAUAGUUAAUUUUCGAAAAUAUUUGAGACUUAGCCCAAAUUUAUAAAACAAUCACUUAAAUAAAUAAUAGAAAAUAAAAAGGGUGAUAGUUUACUAAUUUAUUAUUUUAUUUCAUUUCCUUAAAAUGGGAAUGACUUGAAAUGUCCGAUGUUGAAGGUUAUGUUUAGUUAUUAGAAAGUGUAAAAAAAAAAAAAAUAUUAAGAAAAAUAAUUUUUUCAUAUUUGGUUAUAUUAUAAAAUAUUUUAAAGAAAAUUAAAUAUAAUUAAAAUUAGUUAAAAUUUUAUGUAUUUUAAAAUUAUUUAAUUUUUAUAUUGAUGAAUUAAAAUAAAUAAAAUGAUUUUAAAAUAACAAAUAAAAAUAAUUUAUCAUCUUUAACUAUAUUUUUUUUAUUUUUCUUCAUUUUUUCUUUCAUUUUAUUUCUCCUUUUUAUUUUAUUUUUUUCUUUACAUCUUUCUUCAAAUUUCCCAUGAACCAAACAUAAUCUAAAAGAGUCCAUAUUCCUUUUAUUUGUGGAAACAUACACUUUGGUAUUUAAGAAAUUUGAAGAGUUAAUGUGUUAGAUUUUAGACCCAAGAGAGUAAUGUGCAAAAACCGAGAAGUGUAUUAAAACCUCUAGUUAUGGGCUCUUGCACGAGUGAAUGAAAUCCAAACGGUGUCGUUUUAUCAUUCUUCCGGAGAAACUUAAGGAUCUUCAUUUGUUUUACCUCUCACGCGCUCGUGUUUACGUGAGUCGUCAGUUCAGUUCCCCUCUUCCUUAUCCACUGGAAGUCGUAGAAACAUCCCACCCCUAAUUUUAUCGAAAUUACGAAGAUGCUAGAUGGGCAAUCUCGUAAAUAAGAAUAAAUCCGAGACCACUUUAUGAAUCCUCUCUUACUGAAACCACCGUCCACACCAGAGAGAUAACGCAGCAAUCUUCCAUGGCGUCUCCCGCGCUGUUGCAGUCUAAUGCGUCCUCGUUUCACGGUCAGUUCCCACUUGCCUCAUCUCCCUUCUCUGUGCGUCUCCCGUACGGAAACCCUAGGAAUGGAUGCGGGUUUUCAGUGAAGGCUUUGUCUGAGAUUGUAUUGGUGGAGAAAUCUGAAGCGGUGAAGACUAAUCGACUCAAAACCACCUACCUUGAGAAGAUAGUUCCAUUGCUCAAGGAGGAGUUCUCCUAUCAGAACAUGCAUGAGGUUCCAAAGAUCGAAAAGAUUGUUCUGAACUGUGGUAUUGGAGAUGCUUCACAGAAUGCAAAGGGUUUAGAAGCAGCCAUGAACGAGCUGGCUCUUAUUGCAGGGCAGAGACCUGUAAAGACACGUGCAAGGGCAUCCAUUGCCACCUUCAAGCUCAGGGAAGGUCAGCCUGUUGGGAUUGCUGUCACACUUAGAGGAAAUAUGAUGUACUCAUUUCUGGAUCGGCUCAUCAACUUGGGGCUUCCCAGAACUAGGGAUUUCCAGGGUGUGAAUCCAAACAGCUUUGAUGGGCAUGGGAACUACAGCAUUGGCAUGAAGGAUCAGAGUGUGUUCCCAGAGAUCCGGUUUGAUAUUCUUGGUAGAGCAAGGGGAAUGGAUGUCUGUAUAACGACCACUGCUAAAACAGAUAAAGAAGGGCAGCAGCUACUGGCUCUCAUGGGGAUGCCUUUCAGAGAAGGCGGCGGCUCCACUGUCGUGCAGAGGAAGAAGAAGCUCAAGGCUCAUCAUUUUGAUUCCAAAUCAAAGGGAAGGGCCAGGAGAUAAGAACUUAUCCUUUCUCUAUGGACCAGAGUUUCUUGAUGGACCCAGAGUUUCUUGUUCCCUUCUACUUGUUUGUCUUCAUGUUUCAAAUCCAAUUUAUUGCCAUUUUACAUUGAUAUUAUUUCAGAAGUCUCUCUUCCUCA